AUGACCCCCGUACAACGCGUCCUCAUCACGGGCAUCAACGGCUACAUCGGCGUGCACACGGCCCGGGCCUUCCUCUCCGGUGGGUGGCAUGUCCGCGGCACAGUUCGGCCGUCUGCCGACCGAGAUGCUGUUCUCCGGGCGCUUGAUCUUUACCGACAGAUAAAGCAACCGAGCAGCGAGGCGGCCGAGGCCCGCGAAUUGGAAAUCUAUGAAGUCCCUGACAUCGCGGCGGAUGGGGCCUUUGACGAUGCCAUCCGGGACGUCCACGCCGUCAUCCACUGCGCCAGCCCAGUCUCCACAACCGCCACCGAGCCCGAGCCGAUGAUGCGUGCUGCCGUGCGCGGUACCACUUCGCUUCUAGCGUCUGCACGUACCGAGGCUCGGAGGAGGGGCAAAUCCAAAUCCAACCCCUUUCGCACCGUCGUAUUCCUCUCCAGUUUUAGCGCUAUCGUUUCCCCCUCCCGACCAGCGGGGCAUGUCUUCACCGAAGCGGACUGGAACGAUGACGCCGAGGAAGAGGUGCGCAGGCUGGGGAAGAAUGCGUCGGGGUAUGUGGUGUACCAGGCGAGUAAAGCUGCGGCGGAACGGGCGUUUUGGAGGGUGGGUGAGGAAGUGGAGAUGGAGGCUGAGAGUGAGGGAAAGGGGGGGUUCGAUAUGGUUGCUUUGUGUCCGGCACUCGUCCUCGGCCCGCCCCUAUUCCUCCCCAACCCCAUCGACAAACUCAGCAUCCGCGCCCUCGACAUCUACAAUCUCUACCACGGCGGCCCCAUCCCGGCUUUUUCUCCCAACCGGAGCGCCUUUGUCGACGUGCGGGAUCUCGCGCGGCUGACAUUCAAGGCCGUGGAGAAGAGUGCCACCAGUGUUAAAAGAGACGCACGGGAGCGGUACAUGGUUGUGGGCGAGUCCGGGGUGUCGCCGCAGCGGAUGGUCGAUGUGUUACGGAGAGAGUUCCCGCACAGGCGGGAUGUGAUUGUGGAAGGGAACCCGGGGGAGACGUAUCCGGAGAUGACGUGGCGGUUUGAUGCUGGGAAGGCGGGGGCACUGAUGGGGGAGCCGUGGGUGGGGUUUGAUCGGAGUGUUGUCGAGACGGCUGAGGUGUUUGCGAGUGUGUAA